ACCCACCACCACCCCGCCAUGACGUCCUCGCCGCACGCCCACGUCGCCCUGCGCGACGCCCUCUCCGAGCUCGACGACCGGCGCAUCCGGCGCAUCAAGCCGCUGCUGCCGCCGCAGCUGCUCGUCGAGGAGUACCCGCUCACGCUCGGCGCCGCGCAGACCGUCGUGCUGGCGCGCACCGCCGCCGACGCCAUCGUGCACGGCACCGACGACCGGCUGCUCGUCAUCGUCGGGCCGUGCAGCGUGCACGACGUGCGCGCCGGCCUCGAGUAUGCGCGCCUGCUGCGUGCCUACGCCGACCGCGCCAGCGCCGACCUGCUCAUCAUCAUGCGCGUCUACUUCGAGAAGCCGCGCACCACCGUCGGCUGGAAGGGCCUCAUCAACGACCCUAACCUCGACGGCAGCUUCGCCAUCAACAAGGGCCUGCGCCUCGCGCGCGGCCUGCUGCUCGAGCUCGCCAACAUGGGCCUGCCCGCCGGCACCGAGUUCCUCGACACCAUCAGCCCGCAGUACACGGCCGACCUCAUCGCCUGGGGCGCCAUCGGCGCGCGCACGACGGAGAGCCAGGUGCACCGCGAGCUGGCCAGCGGCCUGAGCAUGCCCAUCGGCUUCAAGAACGGCACCGACGGCUCCAUCAGCGUCGCCGUCGACGCCAUCAAGAGCAGCUCCAGCCCGCAUUGCUUCCUCUCCGUCACGAAGCAGGGCCUCAGCGCCAUCGUCGAGACCGAGGGCAACGACGCCUGCCACGUCAUCCUUCGCGGCGCCAACUCGGGCCCGAACUACUCGCCCGAGCACGUCGCCAGCACGACGGCUGCGCUGCGCGCCGCCAAGCUGCCCGAGCGCAUCAUGGUCGACUGCAGCCACGGCAACAGCCUGAAGAAGCACGAGAACCAGAUGAAGGUCGUCGACUCGCUGCAGGCGCAGCUGAGCGACGGCACCGAGGCGAGCUGGGCCAUCGUGGGCGCCAUGAUCGAGAGCAACCUGGUCGAGGGCAAGCAAGCCAUCCCCGACAGCGGCCCAUCGACGCUCACGUACGGCCAGUCGGUGACGGACGCCUGCAUCAACUGGGCCACGACAGAAGCGGCGCUCGAGAAGCUGCGUGCGGGCGUGCGUGCGCGCCGCGAGAAGGCGCCGCGCCUCGGUGCGCUGCCGAACCGCGCCACGGCGGCGGCAGCGCCCGGGCCCAACGACGCCUUCCUUGCGCCGAAGAGCAAGGGCGGCUUCAACGACGACGUGCUGCUGACGCUCGGCAAGGCGUGAGUUGCCGCUAAUGUAUGAGUUCAUUGAGUGCUGUGCACGGAU